AUUUGCUCAGCAUCAUGGUAGGCCGGCGGGGCCCCAGCGUGAAGUCGCCCUUUGGUCCGAAAGAGCAUGGCCAGUGUAUGUUGAGCAAGAGCAGUCGACGGAGCAAAUUCCGCGUGUGAGAUCUGGUACUGUAAGGCAUGCAUGCUGGGCAUUCACAUUCACGAUUCGCAAUUCUGUACAAGCGUGGCGAGCGUGGCAAGCGACGUGGGCAAGGGUUGGAGGAUCUGAAUGCCGAGCCUCGAGAAGAAGGUGCCUUCCCACGCCAUUCGCGUGAAAUGGCAAGAGCAAGAGGUCACCUCGCGUCCCUGGCACAACGAGGGCGCGUGACCCGGCUCACGCGACUCGUGAAGAUGAUUGCCGGUGAAGAGGCAAGGGUAAACAGCUUGCCUCUGACUGGUGCGUGGCGCUUCACACCUUAUGACAGUCAAGAGUGCUCCUCUUCCGUGUCGAGCCUGCCGUCUGCCGACUGCGGGCUAGAAGAGCAGUAGCCCCU